AUUUAAGGUACAAUAGUAGGCGGGCGUUAGUUCAAAUAGUCGGUGAUCGUUUUUUCUUCUUGUUCAGUGUAGAAACAUUAUCCGGUCCUUGUAACUAUGGCUGGCGGUAAAGCAGGCAAAGACUCCGGGAAGACUAAGACCAAGGCCAUCUCGCGCUCGCAGAGAGCGGGGCUGCAGUUCCCAGUGGGUCGCAUCCACAGACACCUCAAGUCCAGAACCACCAGCCACAGUAGAGUUGGAGCCACCACUGCGGUGUACAGCACGGCUAUCCUGGAGUACCUGACCACCGAGGUUCUAGAGCUGGCAGGGAACGUGUCCAAAGAUCUGAAGGUGAAGCGUAUCACCCCGCGUCACUUGCAGCUGGCCAUUAGAGGAGACGAGGAGCUGGAUUCACUCAUCAAAGCAACCACUGCUGGAGGAGGUGUGAUCCCGCACAUCCACAAGUCCCUGAUCGGGAAGAAGGGCCAGCAGAAGACCGUAUAA